GGAGACAAUCUUCUUUUCGAGGGAAAGGGGAGGGAGGGAAGAACCAGAUGCCGGUAGCUCGGCCCGAACUUCAUAAGGACGUCCGCGUCAUCGCCCAUGUCGACAUGGAUUGCUUCUAUGUCCAAGUGGAGCAAAGAAAACGCCCAGAUUUAAAAGGUGUUCCUACCGCAGUAGUGCAAUACAAUUCCUGGAAAGGUGGGGGUCUGAUUGCUGUCAGCUAUGAGGCUCGAAAAUAUGGCGUGAAACGCUCCAUGCGUGGAGAUGAGGCUAAAAAAGUCUGUCCAGAGAUCCAAUUAAUUCAGGUUCCAGUUGCUCGGGGUAAAGCUGACCUAAAUUUGUACAGAGAUGCAGGAUCUGAGGUUGUUUCUGUGCUUGCAAGAAAAGGAAGGUGUGAGCGUGCAUCUAUCGAUGAGGUUUACCUUGACCUCACAGAUGCAGCCAGAGACAUGCUAUCUGAAAGUCCUCCUGAAACUCUGGAAGCACUUGAUGAUGAGACAACGAAGACCCAUGUUAUAGGGAUUUGCAAGGAUGAAGCAGAUAGAGAAUUGGUAGUUAAGGAGUGGCUCUGUCGCAGUGAUGCUGACUGCAAUGAUAAGUUACUAGCUUGUGGGGCUGUUAUUGUGGCAGCCCUUCGAAAGGAAGUUUUGAUGGAGACAAAGUUUACAUGUUCUGCUGGAAUUGCUCACAAUAAGAUGCUGGCAAAACUUUCAAGUGCAAUGCAUAAGCCUGCACAACAAACUAUAGUACCAUUAUCAUCUGUCAAAGAGUUACUGGCAUCUUUCCCCAUAAAGAAAAUGAAGCAGCUUGGAGGAAAACUGGGUAGUUCAGUUGAAAGUGAUCUUGGGGUGCAUUUUGUUGGUGACCUCUUGCAGUUUUCUGAAGAAAAACUUCAGUCACUUUAUGGAAUAAAUACUGGUACAUGGUUAUGGAAUAUCGCUAGGGGCAUCAGUGGGGAAGAAGUUAAGGGUCGUUUGCUUCCCAUGAGCCAUGGCUGUGGGAAGACAUUUCCAGGUCCGAAAGCCUUGAGAACUAUUUCUGCUGUACAAAACUGGCUAAAUGAACUCUGUGAGGAGCUCAAUGAACGUAUACAGUCUGAUUUGGAGCAAAACCAGAGGGUUGCCCAAACCCUAACCUUACAUGCUAGAGCAUAUCAGUCCAACGUGGAAACGGAGAAGAAAUUCCCCUCAAAGUCCUGUCCAUUAAGAUAUGGGACCCAAAAACUUCAGGAAGAUGCUCUGAAGCUAUUUAACAGUGGGUUGCAUGAAUAUAUUGGCUUACGGUGUCAAAAAGAACAUGCAAAUCCAGAUGGCUGCUCUUGGGGAGUUACUGCACUUUCAGUUUCAGCUAGUAAUAUUCAUGCAGUGCCAUCAGGUAUAAAACCAAUCACGGAAUACUUUCGUGGCUGCAAUCCUGCUUGCUCUUCCUCAGCACAGCUACAAACCUCCAAUGUUAUUGAAGAAUCAAGUGCAGAAAGCGAUGAUGGGUAUGGAUCAAACCAAGCAGAGGAAAAAGCAGCGGCCUGGCAUGAAGGGAUCAGCAACACCAAUGUGAUGGUUAAACGUGGUGAGGUAUCAUACGGCAAAAACAAUUCAUGGGAUUAUGGCCUGGACAAUAUUGAUCCAUCUGUGCUUGAAGAGCUUCCCAUAGAAAUCCAGGAAGAGAUACGUGCUGCAAUGCGUCCAGCUAAGCGUGCUAACAAUGUUAAGAAGGGUUCGAGUGCUAACAAUGUUAAGAAGGGUUCGAGUAUCGUUCAUUACUUCUUACCUGUGAAGAAGGAAUAGGCAAACAACUUUCUGAAUAAUCUCUGAUCUCCUUGAUUAUGGUCUUGGGCUUAUACUUUCAACAAAGGCAAUAUCUCUGACAUUUUACGACUGGCUAUUGAGAUUAUUAUUGCAUGACCAAAAGGAUGUUCCUGACCACAUCACAAUGCAAAGGCCAUCAUGCUGCGGUGUUCAACUGGAUCAUUGAAUGAAUGAAGGUGCAAUAUAAAGCAACAAACAUUACAACAGCGUGUGACGCAUGAGAUUCAAAGGUGAAAUGACGUCUGUGGCAUGCAAAAUUGCAAAUGGUAGGGCAUCAAUUGCACAGGUUUGAGCAACUGAUCUAUGUGAAUAAUCUGCAGAAACAUAACUUGCAAACUGAGUGGCAUUAAUGUUGAAUAUGGUAUAGCUGUUCUAGAUCACUCAUGAAGAAAAUUGUUUAGGUACCAAAAAUUGACUGCAUUGAAAAGUUGGGUCAGCGAUAGUAACUGUUCAGUUGUACAUAAUUUAGUAAUUGAUAUGUAUUUUCCAAAUUCCAUUUUUA